AUGGAGGAGAGAGAGAAACAUUCAUCUCUAUCUGGGAAUGUCGCCGAUUACCUCAAUAAAAGGAAUAAUUUUCUUAAAAAGUCUGAGUUGACUUACUAUGAAGUUUUGGAAGUGGAAAAAGAUUGCACCCCGGAGGAUAUCAGACACGCCUUUUAUCAUUUUGCUCGUAUAUUUCACCCAGAUAAAUCUGGAAACUCCAAAUACUCGUGGGUAUUCAAUGAGAUAAAGAAUGCAUAUGAUGUCCUAUCUAACGAAUAUAAGAGAUCAUCCUAUGAUUUUGAGAAUGGAUUCAUUAACUCUGAGGAUAUCCAGGAGAAGUUAACCUCCAUAGGUGAUGCCAUGAAGCAACUAUACUACACCUUUAUCAAUGAGAAGGCUGAUGCUUACAUUAACUCCGUCUAUCACGAAUUUACUCACAAAGGUCUUGUAAUAAAAAGGGCAUUGUUUGGUGAUUUGUCCUUGGUUGAUCCAAAUUUACUCUCAUCAACGGAAACCAUAAAUGUUAAACGGUUGCAGGGACCUUAUAUUGACGUGACAGUACAGCUACAGGUCCUAAUACAAAACGGUGUAUUGCAUUUGAACUCUGGAAACUUUUCUUCCUUUGCUUAUUUGCCAGGAUUUUACAAUCCACUUCAUUUUGAUCAGCAUAGACAAGACUCAGAGGCACAACUUUAUGUUUUGUACCUCUUUAAUGACAACGUACAUGAGGUGACCGUAUCUGACAAGAAUCCAAUAUCUCUGCCAAUGAAAUCGCACAUGGUCUAUGGAGCUUACAUUAAGGGACCAUAUCCACUCGCGAAUCUGGACCGUUUGGAGUUUUGCUCAGUGUGUAUCGCCUAAAAGGGCAUGUAUUCACGC